GUGUAUAAUAUUUAAUUAUUAAAUAGUGCAGGCUCUCCAACAGAAAAAUUCGAUUUUAAAGAAAUUUUUACAUAAAAUCGCUCUUACAUGUACGCAUUAAAAAUCAAAGGGUUGCGCAUUUCACUUUUUAUUAUCUUGAGAAAAUAAAUACAUACAUCUUAUGUAGUCUGUUGAGUGAACCUUGUGUAAUAUAAAUUCAACCUUGCAAAUAUUUGGAUUUCAAGAGUGUCCAAAAGCUGCAACCCGUAAAACAAAUUUGAAACACCAAGUUUUGCGUGAAAAUUCUAAAAAUUUUCAGAAUCGGAUGUUCAAUUAAGUUCAAAUUAUGGUAAAGUUAAUUCAAUGAAACUAGUGUAUGGACGAAAAAACAAAGCUGAUGAGUAUUCAGGUAUAGAGAAUCAAGUGAGAAAUUUUCUGUUUCAUAGCAUUUAUGUUUUAAAUCUAAUCCAGGGAUUUUUUUUUAAAUUCAAGAUAAUUCCUAUUUAGAAUCUUUUUGUGAAGAAGGCAAAGCGUUCUAAAAAUAAUAUGAUUUCCUUGAAUGAAUGAGGAAGACAUUCUUGAAAAUCCAUUUACUUGUUCAAAUAGGAUGAGAAUUUGAUGUUCAUAAAAUUUUUUAAAAAUUUCCGCUUCAGUAGAUUUUAUUUCUGGAAAUUCUUUUGCCUUUAUAGCCAUAACAAUCCGUUUGUUGUCAUAAAAGAAUUUAAAGUUUCAACUGAAUGAAUUCAGAAUAAUCUUGUCUCUUUUAUCAGCACAUUUCUUGGAGUCAAUUCCAAGAGGAACUAGAUUUUUUCUUGUGUAAAAAAACUAUUUUAAAAUAUAUUUAGGGAAAAUCACACCACUUGUAAAAAUUAUACAUUUUCUAUAAACUUUAUAUAAAAGCAUUUAUUUCCAAUAUCGCUGAAAAAACCAGCAACUCAUCCAUAGCUAAAGAAAUUUAUUGAAAAUUGAAAAUUCAGUUUCAAUGAGUGAUUUAGUUAAUUCCUUUAUUAACUCAACCAUCCAAAUGUUAAUGUUCUUUGGUGUUUUUUUUUCCAACGAAAUGGUUGGAAGAUUGUUCAGACAAAUUCUCUUUUAUGGGUUGUGUGGAAAUUAGUGUCAUUAAAAUUCUCAGUUUGGUAUAAGGAAAACCCAAAAAAAAGUUCUUUUUGUUUUAAGUUAUUAAAUUUAACAAUAAAAAAAUGUUGCCAAUGAGGAAAAACGUGCAAAUCUGUUGGAGGAAACUGUGAGCAUUAUGUUUGAAUGAAUUUGAGAAUUUCCAUGUUUGCAAUAACAUGUAGGUACUCUAGAAGAUAUUCGGAAUUCUCAUUUUCAUUCAAAUCUUUACGAAUAACAUAAAUUUUUGGUGAAAAACUUAAAGUAUCCAGAUAAAAUUUUCCACAAGCGUGUUUUAAAGAUUAUUUGUAAAAUCGUGAUGGAAAAAUUGGAUUACUAUGGUCGACCGGCCUACCUGUUGCACUUUGUGGUCUUCUAAAGAAGAAACGGGCGAACUGUCCACUUUAGGAGCAAGAGUAAGCCAAAUGGAGUGUAUGCCACUGAGAUCACCCCCAGGACAUUAUCACUAUCACGUCACAGAUCAAACUAAGUCAUUGCAGGAAUUGCAGAAUGAAGUCGGAGCUUUACUGGAAUUUCGUGAUUUGGUUAUUGAAACCUUUCCUGAUCUCAAACAUAAAAUGGCUUCAUCGUCAGCAUCUAGUACAAUUACUGGCCUGCCAUCGUCUUCAUUGGCAUCAAGAAGAACUGAGUGGGAACCGGGGAUACGUGUUCGACGGAAAUUAACCCAAAAAGAAAAUGCAGAAAUGUCAUCGUCGUCUCUGAUAAGGAGUAGAAGCAACUCCCAUAGUGGGAAGAAAGAACCAAAGAGUGGUGAGGGGAAUGGCAGCGUUAUUCAGGAUUCAGGGUUUUCAACUGAGACAAAUUCUUCGAAAGAAACACACAGUGCUUCUUCGACAAAUGGUGCUAUGCAGGGAGUUAAUGUAUCAAAUACAUCACAACGCAUGACUAUAGAUAGCGACAAUGAAUUGUGGAAUUUAUUGGAUGUUUUACAAAAGAAGAGCAAUCGCCUUCGCGAUGAAGUUGAGCAUUUGCAGCAAUUAGAAAAGGAACGAUAUAAAACAACAAAUAUUCCGCAUAGUUUCCAAAAGCAACUCGAUCGAGUGGGAAAGGAAGAUGUUCAGUUGCUGCGUAAGGAACGGGAUCGACUGUUGGACAAAUUGGUUGAGAUGGAGGCGGAAAAUGUUUUUGAGCGCCGAAGAUCAACAAACUUGGAAGAUCAAAUAAAUUCGCUAACUUUGGCGAAGCAAGAAUUGGAGAAGCAACUCACGAUGGCACUCAAUCAGAAGAUUGAACUUAAUUCACGAAUUAAGGAAUUGCAUCAACAAUUUGAAUCAUCCAAACAGUCACGUGGAAAUUUUAUUCGAAAUUUUACAAUAUCUGAUACGGGCAUGACUAAUACAAUGCAUAAGAGUAGCAAUUAUAGCACACACCAUGGUGCCUCUUCUUCCGGUACUGUAGCGCUAGCGAAUAAGCUUGUAAGAAGUGAUGGGAUGUUUCUUGGACGGCUGGAUGGACUAGUCAGCACACCCAAUAGACUGAAUAAAGUGAGAUUAGCUGAUUCUAAAAAGAUCGAAGCAAUUCUGCUCGAGAAUAAUGUUGUUGAACUACAGAGGCAUUUACUAACACUCACCGUUCAAAAUCAGGUAUUACAACAGAAAUUAGAUCAUGCAACUCGAUCAAAAAUCCAAUUUAUAAAACGACUGGAUAAGGCAAAGGAGGACAUUGAUGAUUUGAAAUUUCAAUUGGAAGAGAAAAAUAUUGAAUUUGAGGGCACAAGAGCGCAACUUCGUGUAUUGGAAUCAAAAACAUCAACAAGAAUGGAUGGUAGUCCCGAAAAUGGUAGACCGCUUUUUAGAUUGUCCCCAACACGUGAUUCAAUUAUCAGGCAAUCGCAAAUUUCAACACCAAGUAUGAAGGCGAUGGUGCCACUGGCUAUGGAUGAAAUAAUGCAACACAGUAGUAGUACGGAAUCGGCACAAGAUCAGUCUGAGCAAAAUCGUGCCUUGCCAGAAACACCAAAGAAACGUCCUAGUCGCAUUCCAUUGGCAGGUGCAAAGGCAAAUGCAGCACCUAAACCACCAACUGGACGUAGCAAUAGCAACAAUAAUGGGAAGUUAAGUCCAUCCGGGCCUCCGUCCAAUCGUAGUUUAACAAAUAAAAGUAUAAGUAGUCUCAUGGGGCGCUCUGGGCCGAGUUCGGUGAAGAAAGAGCACAAUAAUUCAUCACCAAGCCUCCAUAGACCUGAUUCGGCGCAAAGUUGGCGGAAAGAUUCGUCAUUAACUGCAAAUAAUCGUAGCUCAUCGAUACCAAUAUCGGCAAAGUCGUCGUCAACUCCGUCCGCGGGAAAACCUCUCCAUUCACCAUUACCCAAAGCAAAGAGAGAUACAGUAACGGCAAAGACACGCAAUCUGGAUUCUCUAAGUGCGAAAGCAUCGUCUGUCUCACCAGUCACAUCGUCGCCCACAGUCACAACAGCACCAACGAUACCACCAAGUACCAUCUCACCGCAUAUAUAUAAAUCAUCGUCGAAGAAAGAUCUUAAUUCAAGCUAUGUGGCAUCACCACAGAGCCGAAUGAAACCAUCCUCAGUUCCAGUCCGACGAAUUUCCAGCAGUGGUGCAAGAAAUGGCGACACACAAGAUUAUGAGAAUGGAAAGUCAAAGUUGAUGAUGAGUGGUGGUGUCAGAGGUGUAGAAGAACAAAUGGCGGAGAAGGUUGCAGGAAGUGACAAUGGGGGUGAUUUUAGAGGUUCACGCGACCUCAUCCGUGAAUACCUGAUGAAGACGAAAGUACAACAACCCCCGCCAAUUUUUCAAACACCCUUCGAAACAUUCACCACAAAUCCCAUGCCGAAUUUGGAUAUGGUAUACCGCUACCACAUUGUCGUGGAUGACGAUAGCAAUGUGUACAAGGAGAAGAAUCGCGACAUGGAAGUCAAGUACUAUGAUGAUAAUUAUUCAAUUGAUCUACUGAAUUCUCAGUGCAAAGCUGAGGAUGAAAGCAGCAAUAGGAUGGGAUUUGAGAGGCUUUCCCCACAUCACAAUAAACUCUGUGACUCCUCGGAGGAUACUCAGGAUGAGCAUGAGGUGGUCAAGAGUUCACGCAUUGACGGUACAUGUCGACUUAUUGGGAAGGUCAAUCCGAAUAUUCUGAAGACAUGGGAACAAUUGAAGGGCGGAGGAAAUGGCACAACAGACGGUGAGAAAUCACAGCAGCGGAUCUUCUAUAAAACACAACGAAUCCCCUCUGCGAAGCAAUCUUCCAGCAGUAUCUUCUACGACAGCAUUGAGACUAUCGUGUCGGAUGUUGAUGAAUCUACAGCUCCAGCUGCCGGAGAGAUGAUGGCUGAAUGCGAUGAUUCUCUUCUACUUGAUGAUGAUAAAAAGCACUCCAACUGCUGGUCCAUUGGAAGUGAGAAAAAUAUAUCAUAAAGAAAUUAAACUUUUUCUAUUAAUACACCACACACACACACAUUUAUAUAUUAAUAUAAAAUAAUCAUUCCACAAUCCUGGCGAAGCUAUAUUUAUAUACCUACAUAAAACAAAUAAAUUAAAUUAAAUAAAAUAAGAUAGAUUGCGAUAUAUUCAAACAAUUUUUACAUUACACAAAGAUAUUAAUAAAUUAAUUUAAAAAAAAUUAAAAAAGAAAAGAAGAUACAUUUAAAUAAUGUUCUGUGAUAUGCAUUAUUUUUGUCUGAACUACUAAUUUUCUUUUAAUUGAAAAGAAUAAAAAUAAAAAAAACACAAACGAGCAAUGUUAAAAAAAAACUUAUCAAAAUUUAAAUUUCAUGUGAUUGUACAGAUUGUACAUUUAUUUAUUUCAUUAAAAAAUGCGAGAUUUAGAAGACUUUUUUUUUAAAUACAGGAAUAGGGUCUCAAAUUUGAACAUUAUAAAGUGCAUUCAAUAAAAUUUAAAACAUUUAUUGCAAAACAAUGUACGAACAAAAAAGGAUAUUUUAUUAAAAUAUUAUGUAAUGAAAAAAAUAUUAUAUAAAGACAUAUUCCUGAUAUAUAUAAAGUUAAUAGGUAAUAUAUAAAAUAAUUUAAGAAAAAGAAUUUAAUGUAGAUAAUGUAAUAUAAAUUGAGCAAAAUUA